AAAGUUCAUUAGUGGGAGGGAUCAGUUUGAGGUUGAAUAACAAUUACCUAGCAGAAGCUUUCCAGUAGGUUACACUAAUAUUUUUUAACUGGACGUUAACUUGCGCGAUCUAAGACAGCGAAAUGAUUUACAGUGUAUUCGGCGUCAUGUCUUGCCAUAGUAUCAUAACAUAAUAUUAUGUUAGUUAGCCAGUUUGCUGCUUGAAAGCAUAAUAGCUACAUCUGAAAAUGGCUGCAUUACUUUUGCAGCUGAACAGAAAAUCGUGCAGGAAUCUCAGGAGCAGGUCAAUUUGGACUUCUUUACAAAACACCAAAAGCCGACACUUGGGAAAUACCAGCGUCUUUACCACUACCAGGAAAACGGCGCAAUGCACGGCUUUUGAUACCAUCUGCGUAAACUGUAAACUUUCCAGAUAUGUAUGUUCCUCACGGUCGUUUUCAAAGCAACAACUUCGUGGCCUCAAAACUGGAAUUAUACAGCAAGUCUUGCACCAGCCACCUAGCCCAAUGUUGCUUGCGAUCAGCAAAACCUUAUUUAAAAACCAGCUGGUCAAAAACCCAUUUGGAAUAUGGAAUAUUUUGGGUUCCAUUAACUACUUCAGCACUACUCAGUCCAAACAAGACAGAAACAAGAGGGACGGACCUAAAGGAAAAUCCCCUGAGGAAGAUGAAGAGGACAAGAAACGCCGCGAGCGGGAGGACCAGAUGUACCGGGAGCGACUGCGCAUGCUCUUCAUCAUCGCCCUCAUCAUGAGCCUGCUCAACACCAUCAACAGCAGCGGCGGCAACAUCUCCUGGAACGACUUCGUCAACGAGAUGCUGGCCAAGGGGGAGGUGGCGCGCGUGCAGGUGGUCCCAGAGAGCGACAUCGUGGACAUCUACCUGCACCCCGGCGCCAUCAUCUUCGGCAGGCCGAGGAUGGCCCUGAUGUACCGCAUGCAGGUGGCCAACAUCGACAAGUUCGAGGAGAAGCUGCGGGCUGCGGAGGAGGAGCUCAACAUCAACUCCAAGGACAGAAUUCCCGUGUCCUACAAACGCACCGGCUUCUUUGGGAAUGCCCUGUAUGCCCUGGGCAUGGCAGCCAUUGGAGUGGCUGUCCUCUGGUACAUUUUUCGUCUGUCUGGCAUGGGGGGCAGAGAAGGCGGAUUCAGCGCAUUCAACCAACUGAAAAUGGCACGCUUCACCAUCGUGGACGGGAAGUCCGGCAAAGGCGUGAGCUUCAAGGACGUGGCGGGAAUGCACGAGGCCAAGAUGGAGGUCAAGGAGUUCGUGGACUACCUGAAGAACCCCGACAGGUAUCUCCAGCUGGGGGCCAAAGUACCCAAAGGCUCCCUUCUCCUGGGGCCUCCCGGCUGCGGGAAGACUCUGCUGGCCAAGGCCGUGGCCACCGAGGCCCAGGUCCCCUUCCUGGCCAUGGCGGGGUCAGAGUUCGUGGAGGUCAUUGGGGGGCUGGGAGCUGCCAGGGUCCGAAGCCUGUUUAAAGAAGCCCGCGCCCGCGCGCCCUGCAUCGUCUACAUCGACGAGAUCGACGCCGUGGGCAAGAAGCGCUCCACCAACAUGUCGGCCUUCUCCAACACCGAGGAGGAGCAGACCCUCAACCAGCUGCUGGUGGAGAUGGACGGAAUGGGCACUUCAGACCACGUGAUUGUCCUGGCUUCCACCAACCGAGCGGACAUUUUGGACAACGCGCUGAUGAGACCGGGGAGGCUGGACAGGCACAUAUUCAUCGAUCUCCCCACCCUGCAGGAGAGGAAGGAGAUCUUUGAGCAGCACCUGAAGAUCCUGAAACUGUCCCAGCCCGCUGACUUCUACUCGCUGCGCCUAGCCGAGCUCACCCCGGGUUUCAGCGGAGCGGACAUCGCCAACAUCUGCAACGAGGCCGCGCUGCACGCCGCCAGGGAGGGCUACAAGUCCAUCCACACCUUCAGCUUCGAGUACGCGGUGGAGAGGGUCAUCGCAGGGAGCGUAAAGAAGAGCAAGAUCCUGUCCAAAGAGGAGCAGAGGGUGGUGGCGUUCCACGAAUCGGGCCACGCCCUGGUGGGCUGGCUCCUGGAGCACACAGAGGCAGUCAUGAAGGUGUCCAUCGCGCCCCGCACCAACGCAGCGCUGGGCUUCGCGCAGAUCCUGCCGCGGGACCAGUACCUCUUCACCAAGGAGCAGCUGUUUGAGCGCAUGUGCAUGGCGCUGGGGGGGCGGGCCUCCGAGGCCAUCACCUUCAACAAGGUCACCACGGGCGCCCAGGACGACCUGCGCAAGGUGACGCGCGUGGCCUACUCCAUGGUGAAGCAGUACGGCAUGGCGCCCAGCGUGGGCCAGGUGUCCUUCCCCGAAACGGAGGAAGAGGGCGCCAUCGGACGCCGGCCCUUCAGCCAGGGGCUGCAGCAGCAGAUGGAUCUUGAGGCAAAGUUGUUGAUUGCCCGUGCCUACAGACACACUGAGAAAUUACUCCUGGACAACCGAGACAAACUGAUCGUGUUGGCCAACGCCCUGCUGGAGCGGGAGGUGGUGAACUACGACGACAUGGAGGCCCUGCUGGGGCCCCCGCCGCACGGCCCCAAGAAGAUGAUCGCCCCGCAGAGCUGGAUCGAGGCCGAGAAGGACAAGCAGGACACGGGGGAGGACGAGCCCCCCAGGCCCCGCCGGCCCCCGCCCAAGGAGGAGGAGGAGCUCAAUCUCAACUCCUAACCUGGCCCCCCCGCUCCCAGAGAACCAUCCCCUCCCCCCCCAUUUCUGCCCCCGUGGAGGAAGAGCUCAAUCUCAACUCCUAACUGCCCUGCUCCCAGAGAACCACCCCCCCCCAUUUCCGCCCCCGUGUUCAGUGCCUACGUGGAGAUGCUUGUGAUUUUUCACCCCAAAGAUGCUUCUUAACCAUCACAUCUUAAAACCGCUCCCCCGCCCCAUUCAAGUGUUAAA